GCACACCUGGUCCAACCCAACCAGACCAAACCCAAGCCAAACACCGCAUUUCCCACCAACCAACCAACCCUCACCUCGCAGCUUCGCUGCACGACGCGGGCGGCGCGCCAUGGAAGGCCUCAUCCCGCUGCUCUACAGGGCCAUCAAGGACCGCCGGAGCGGCCGCGGCGGCGAGCCCCUCCCGGGAGGCGCCGGCGUGGACCUCUACGACGCGGAGCAGAGGCGACUGUGGCUGGAGCAGGAGGUGCGGUCCCCGCUCCACCCUUCUGCGGCGGCGUCGUCGUCGGCGUCGGCGUUGGGCCAGCGGCAGCAGGAGCAGCACCGGAGGAACCGGUCGCUGGAGGAGCUGGCCGGCGAGGUGGGGCUCUCCUCGGACCGGCGGCUGAGGGUGGCGCUCCCCAAGGCCCGCAGCGUCCGCGUCUUCUCCUGCAUCGGCGCCGGCGCCGCGUGAGCGUGAGGCAGGAGGUAGCCGUACGUCACCCCACGUUCGUCGUCUUCUCCUGCUCCUCGGUUAGGAUUAGCGCUGCUGUUGCGUUGCUUCGUCGUGGUCAAAUCGCGAUGAAAACACUCGCUGUGAAUACCACCUCCAUCGAUCGAUUAAAACAGGUGCAGAUUCGAUUUCGUGUUUCGUCUCUCUUCUCUUCUCCUUUUUUUUUUGUAAUUCAGAUAGAAAAACUAAUUAGUAAGGUGGUUAUUAAUUCUACUGUAACUACAGCUGGUUGUUAUACGCGAGAGGUUUUUGAAAUUUUGUCUGGCACUCGCUUUGAUCUCAAGCAAGCUUCCUGAUGGUUUUGAGACGUGUAGCAUGA